AUGUCCACCCGUAAGAGAAAGCAAGAAGCCGAGGAGGAGGAAGAACUCCAGGCACUCCCUAGCGACGAAAGCGAAGAGGAAGAAGAAUACGAAGACUCCGAAGUAGGCGAAAGUGAAGAAGAAGGUAGCGAAGAAGAAGAGGAGUUCGAAGAAGACGAGGGCGAAGGCGAAGAAGAAGAAGAGGAAGAGGAAGAGCCCUCCAAGGACAAAGCUCCUCCCUCCAAGCGAAGAAAGACAGCCCCUGAGGGCGAGGCCAAGGAGAAUGGCAACGGUGUUCCUGCCAAAGACGAGGAUGAAGAAGAAGAAGAAGAAGAAGAAGAAGAAGAAGAAGAAGACGGAGAAGGCGAGCCAGAGGAUGAAGAGCCUGCGGACACCGCCAAAACCAGCACUCCUGCUGCAGCAGCGACCAAGGCUAAGGGGAGCGCUGGUCCCGCGGAGGCCGAGGUUGAAGUUGGGGAGGAGAAUGAGAAGUAA